AUGAGCAGCACACCCCUCCAGGAGCCACUUGCCCAGGGCUUGUCCUCGGGCAGUGGGCAGACAUUACCAUCCCGACUGUUACAGCCCAUCCCUGAUCCCUCAGCUUCUAAAAGAGUAUGUUUCUACAAAAGCGGUGACAGUAAAUUCAGUGGGCAUCGCAUGGUCAUCAAUGCCCGCACCUUCAAGACAUUUGAUGCUCUACUAGAUGCGCUGUCUAAAAAAGUGCCUCUGCCAUUUGGAGUGAGGACCAUCACCACACCUCGUGGGACCCACCUUGUUAAGGCUUUAGAUGACUUACAAGAUGGGGGAUCAUAUGUGUGUUCUGAUCAGAAACGGGUUAAACCGCUAAACCUGGAUGAAGUGAACCGGAGGCAGGUACCAUGGAAUACCACCAGGCCCCCCAGCGCAGGGCGACGAAGGCGCAAAGUAUUUCAGUUUGGGAGAACGAAUGAAGUCAUCAACAAGCCAGCAAAGAUCAGUGAGAGGGUGGCAAUAAGGACACCAAAGAGACUUGUGGUAAUCAAGAAUAGGGAUCCCACUGUUAAACGCACAAUUGUGUUGCAGAGAAGAACAGCACCAACAUUUGAAGCUUUGCUGGAUUACCUCUCACAGAUCUUGCAGUUUCCAGUACUGAAACUGUAUUCUACGGAUGGCAGACGAGUUGGUGGCCUUAGUGCACUUAUCUUGUGCUCUGGAGUCGUCGUGGCAGCAGGCAAUGAGCCAUUCAGAUUAACCAACUACAGUUUUCACAGCAUGGGUCAGAUGGCACAGGCAAUGUACAUAGAGACUGUGGAGCCAUCUAUGUUGCAGCCUCAAGCUCAGAACAACAAAUCCCUCUCAAGUGGAAGAGGCUCAAGAAACUUCUCCUUAUCAUCAGAGCAAUAUAUCAUCAAUCAGAUAAACAAUUCUCGAAAUGGAAGCACAAACAGCCAUCAGCAUCACCACCACGGAUCAGCUGAAACAGAGGUGAACCCGCAUCACUCAUCCGUGGAGAGCUGUGGAGAUGCUAGAGUAGAUAAUGAGGUUCAUACUUGCAUAGUACCUCAGGAUGAUGACAUUGAAAAGUCUUUCCGUGUGAAUCAAGAUGGCAGCAUGACUGUCGAGAUGAAAGUCCGUCUGACCAUCAAGGAGGAGGAGAUGCUCCAUUGGACAACCACACUCAGCCGCUCCAGCCUUAGUAAGACGACAGCUUAUGCCUCAAUUUCUGAGUCAGGCAACAGCUCACCUGACUUGAACAACGCUGUUGCCAAUGAUUCCUCUAGCAUCAGUGAAGAUGAAGCUAAAAAAGAGAACCAUCCCGCUGUCAGUGGAGAGGGUGUCAGCUUUAAAGAUGAACAAGUAUAUGAGGGCUACACUUCCACAGCCUUGGGGAGAGCAAAAGCAAGUUUCAAGCGUGUACCUACGCCAGGUCCACGACAUAUUAAAAAAAAUGCAUCUAUUGAGAGUGUGACAAGGGUAACACCCUCAGGUGUCCAAGAGAGCACCCUUGGCCAUUAUUCCUACAUGGAGAGGACAGCUGAUGGAGAGGCAACUGAAGGAUACUGUGUGGUCAGACACAGCAGCAGCAGCAGCAGUCGGCCAGUCCCAAAGCCUCGGAAAACAGCGUCUGCUGGGCUGAGCAAAAAAAGCUCCCACUCCUCAAUCAGAUCAUCGGGAGUAGCUGAGGUCCUUCAGAUAGAAAAUAAUGGGAUGGAGGUUAGAGAGACUGUGAUGCACAUUUAUGAGAGUCAAGACUGCUACAGCAACUACCUUGCAAAUGCGGAAUAUAGCGCAGAUGGUGCAUCUUUGCCUGGUCCCUCUUCAGCACCAGUAAGCAAACAGUCCAUUGACUCAAGGCCUCAUUCAUCAAGCAAUGAUUGUGAUAUCGAUUUUAGCUGGCAGCCACCCACUGGUGACUCACUACAAAGACAGAAAGAGGAGAUGUUAUCAUUGUCAUCAGAGCCAAUACGGGAGAUUCCAAACAAUCUGUCUUCAGUAGCUGAGAAUGAAAGCCAAACCGCAUCAAACUCUCAAACUACAGGUGAGAAGAAAAAGGUGAUAAAACCGUCAACAAAGCAGAGGGUUACACCUUCAACAAGUAGCUCAGGUAAAAAGCAGAAGGAAAGCAUAGUAGGCUCCUCAAAGAACAGCAAACAUUCAUCCACUGACAAGAUCAGCAGCAAUGCCAGUAUGGGAAAAAAGAGUUUGAGUUCAUCAGAAAGUGUUAAAAGUCGUCAAAAGAGUAAAACAGCAGAAAAGCACGAACUGAAAAAAUCAAUUAAGGAUGAAAAGACACCCAGAAAGGAGUCAGCUUUAUCACUUAGUUCUGAAAAUAUAAAAAAGACCCCACCCAAGAAACAAAACAUAAAUAAUGCAACUGCUAAGGAUAAUGCCCAUAAUGUAAAUAAUCCAAGUGGAAGACCUCAAAUGAAAAAGAACCUAUCAGACAUUUUGCAACCCAAAAAAUCACUUUUACCAGGAAAAAAGCAGAUAAGCAAGCCCAAAUCUAUGAUUGACAACCAGCUACUAUCACCCAAAACAUCUUUAGAGUUGAGCGAGAGUGUUUCUAUGCCUUCUCUAAAUCCAUCGCCCUCUGACAUUCACCAAUAUGUUGAGAACUGGUUAGAGAAAGUCAGCUCAGACCCAGUGCCAUAUAUGGAGGAGGAGGCAGACGCAUCAGGGCCUCAGCCAAAGGUCGUGUUUAAGAUAGGUGGCGAUUCUGAAUCAGAGGAAAAGAGUGACUGCCAGAAUAAUCCAGAAGAAUAUUAUCCAUCGCUUGGUGAUGCUGUCAAGAAAUCUACUUCUUGUCUAUCAGUUCCUCAUAGCCAUGAAGGUCCAGCGACGACUCUGCAAAACAAUGAUCAGAAAGCGAGAGGUUUAUGUGUUUCAAUGCCAAGUGUCCGAGUCGAACCUGCAGUACACGAGAACAGACUGAGGUCACACAAAUCUGCAGAAAUCAUCAGCCCAGUUGACAGUGAAUCACCCCCAUCUUCAUCGAACAUUUUAAGUCCCAAAGCAAGGAUAAAGCCUGUUCUGCGGCAAAUUUGUUCAUCCAUUCAGUGCAUCAGAACAAUGCCUGACACCAACAAGACAUCGAAUCUUGAAAAGUCCAACAGUCUUCCUGAUUUCUCAACACAAGUGGCUUCAGUGUUUGGUUCAUCGUGCAAAGCUUUCCUGUCAUUCUUGUCAGUGAUGACGCUGAGGGAUAACCUAACAGGCUCUGCGCCGAUUGAUGAAACGAAAAGCGACUCUGAGGCCAUGUUCAUGUUGGAGUCCCUGCAGAAAAUUUCCACCAUUGACGACCAGGAAGAACUGAGGGCGAGUCUGACAGACUUGGAAAGCAGAGCGUCUUCUCAGCUCAGAGAUCGCUGGAAGGAUUUCCAGAUUCUAAGGGAAAGGCUAGAAAGUGAGCCUCUUUCUCCGAAAUUUUCAGAAACAGAGUUUGCCUUGGAUGUUGUGUCUGAAGUGGGUGACGUAUUUGAGGAUCAGCACAUGGGUAUUGAUGAGCUCAUGGAUGAGCUGAAUAUGCCGCAAGAUGUCAGAGCAGAGAUUUCUUCAACAAUCCAACAAGUUAGAAGUUUUUACCCAGUAGAGGAGAGCACUUUUCUAGAAACUGAAAGACACCACUCGGACACAGAAGAAGAGGUGGAACAAUUCGUUGAAAAAUGCAAAGAAUCGCCAGAUCCUGAAAAUACUUGCAUGGCUGAGAACAUAACUGAGGGAAAACUGGGCAAUGAGGAAGACCCCUCACACACUGGAGAGACAAAUGACUUAAACGAAAUGCAAAACAUAUCUGAUGAACAGGCGAAGAUAAUGAAUGAGUCAGAGCAAGAACUCAAUCAAAGUAAGGAAACAAACCUUGAUGUAAAAGAAUCAGAUGUAUCACAGCCAGAGACAGACGAGCCCUUAAUAGAGAAGGAAAAUGAGAUGGAAGUAAAGGAAGAGGAGGGCCAAAUUGAGGAGGAAGUAGAGGAGGAUAUGGAGGUGAACGACUUGAAAGAGAUAGAUAAUAAUGAUGGUGGUAGAGAGACUGAAAAUGAAGACAGAGAAAGGGAGGAAGAAGCAGAAGAGGAGGCACUGAGGGAAGAUGAUAAGGGAAAGGAAGAAUGGGAAGCAGACAAGGGAAGUGGAGAGGAAUCUGUUGUGAAAGAAGAUGAAGAGACAGAGAAAGAAAUUACAGUAGAUGGGGAAGAGGAGCAGGAGAAAUUAGAAGAAGUAGAGGAAGAGGAAGUGGCUGAAGAGGCAGAAGAUGGAUUCAUGGAUGAUGAGGGCGAGGAAGAAAGAGGGUACAAUAGUGUUGCAGAGACAGAUGAGAGAGAUGGUGCUGAGGAGACAGAAGAGGGAGAGGAAGCAGAAAAUAUCAUUAAAGAGAGCGAUGAAGAAGUAGAAAAUAUUAUUGAAGUAGUAGAGAAUGAGGAAGAGGAAGAUGAUGAAGGUAAAGAAGAAGCAGAAGCUGGGGAUGUUGUUGAGGACAAUGAUGAUGAAGUAGAAAAUAUUGAAGGAGAAGAGGAAGAGGAGCAGGAGGAAGAGGAAGAGGACGAAGGUAAAGAAGAAGACGCUGGGGAGGUUAUUGAGGAGUGGAACGAAGAAGUAGAAAAUAUUAUUGAAGGGGUGGAAGAGGAGAAAGAGGAGAAAGAUGUAGAUGAAGAAGCUGAGAAGGUUACCCAGGAGAGUGAUGAAGAACAAAAUACUAUUGAAGGAGCAGAGGAAGAGGAAGAGGGCAGUGAUGACAGUGAUGAUGAAGUAGAAAAUAUUGAAGGAGUAGAGGAAGAUGAACAGGAGGAAGAGGAAGAUGAAGAGGAGGAGGAUAAUGAAGAAGAAGCUGAGGAUGUUAUUGAGGAUAAGGAUGAAGAGGUAGAAAAUAUUGAAGUGGAGAUGGAGGAGGAUGAGAAGGAUGAAGAUGAAGAGGAGGAGGAUAAUGAAGAAGAAGCUGAGGAUGUUAUUGAGGAUAAGGAUGAAGAGGUAGAAAAUAUUGAAGUGGAGAUGGAGGAGGAUGAGGAGGAUGUAGAGGGAGAAACUAAGGCGGUUAUUGAGAAGGGGGAUGAAGUUGAAAAUAUUGAAGGGGUAGAGGAAGAGGAGGAGGAUGUAGAGGAAGAGGCUGAGGAGGUUACUCAGGAGAGGAAUGACGAAGGAGAAAAUAUUGAAGAGGAGGAGGAUGUAGAGGAAGAGGCUGAGGAGGUUAAUCAGGAGAGGGAAGAAGAAGUAGAAAAUAUUGAAGCGGAGGAUGAAGAGGAAGAGGAGGGGGGUAAAGAAGAAGAAGAGGUUGAGGAGGUUACAGAGGACAGGGAUGAAGAAGUAGAAAAUAUUGAAAGGGUGGAGGAGGAUGAAGAGGAGGAGGAGGAGGAGGGUAAUGAAGAAGAAGCUGAGGACAUUGUUGAGGAGAGGGAUGAUGAAGUAGAAAAUAUUGAUGAACUUGAGGAGGAGGAGGAGGGGGAGAAGGAGGAGGAGGAGGAGAAUGUAGAGGAAGAGGCUGAGGAGAGGCAUGAGGUGGACAAUAUUACUGAGGAGGUGGAGGAGCAAAAAGAAGAGGAGGAGGAGGAUGGUGAGAUAGCUGAGCUGGAAGAAGAAUCAAUAGAAGAGAAAGAAAUCGUAGAGGCAGAAGAAGAAAAUGUUGGGGAUGAUGAAGGCAGCAGUGGUGAUGGUGCAGAUAAUAAAAGUCUACUAGAGGAGGCCUCAUAUUUGAGGCAGCACAGAAGUAGUUGUGAGAAAGAUGAAGCAAACUAUGAAGCAAAUACAGAUAUAAAGGAAACAGAACAUAGAACUGAAUCACCAACCAAAUAUUCCACUGAGGGUCAGUGUGAGGAUGACAAAGGUACAAACGGAACAGACACAAUUAAUGACAUCGAUACAGACGAGGGAGGGGAUUGUCAUGACGAAAGUGGCAGUCUACCCCACCCAGUAGAGAUAUCACAGGAACUACUUGACUUUGUUAACUCUGCCCUACAGUCUUCUUCACUCAUAUUCAUCUAUGAUGAUCGAGGUAACAUCAGGAUAGAGCCGGAUAAUGCUCGCGUUGUGCAAAUAAAUCAAGCUUUAAUCUCCGAAAGCAGAAAGGAUACCUCGUAUGGCUUAAAAUGUCUACCGAGUCCGAGCACCUCCGAUUUAUCUGACUACAGACCAGAAACAUCAGAGAGUGGUGGAUACAAAAGUCAGGGGUCUAUAGACAUUGUUUCAGAGAGUGGAGAUGAGGUUUCAGAGAGGCCUCCUCCAGUCUACAGACAUUCAGCACACAGAACUGAGAGAGAAAAUGUGGAGAGGGCUAACUCUUCCAAGUCCAAACUGUCUGUGGCAAGUAAUUCAGAAGUCUCGCACAGUUCACGAUUAAAAAGUGGAGGGAGUUUCUCUUCUCAUGAUUCAAGCAUGAAAGCCUCAAGAGAGGAUCUGUCUUAUUUCAGUGCUGCAAGCUCAUUAAAGGCAGAGGCUGAAGCUGCUACAGAGGCCACACAGUGCAUUUCUUUUGGCUCAGACAAAGACUUAAAUGAUGGGGUCUUGAUUGACAAAGGUAGAUGGCUGCUCAAGGAGAACCACCUCAUUAGAAAAUCUCCUCCAAUCUCACUGGGAAUGUAUGGUAAUGUGGACAGUACAUCCAUUGACACAGGCCAGGAUAACACUAGUGAGGAUUCCUCGCCUCAUUAUAAAACCCAGAACAACCCCCUUGCAGCCAUAUCCUCAUCAGAGCUUGAGGAAAUGGCUAAGCCUCAAACUCCAAAGUGCACCUACUAUAACAUGCCACACGGAAGCGAUUCUGACCCCUUUCUAGAUGAUGACAGUGUUAAAAGUGGAAAAAAAGAUUCAAGUAGUAAGAAAGGGAGAGGCGUCAGGGUAUCACCUACCAUUGACACAUCCAAAACUUGGGCAAAUAAAAAUGGCAGUCUCUCUUCAUUUGCCUCAGUUGAGUUUAAAGUAUCGGACAGGAAAGUGCAUCCUGAGGGGGAAUCCUCAGCUGUGACACAGGCAAGAGGGACAUCUGGUGCAGCAAGGCGUGUACUGCAAGCACAAGACUCCCUGGAAACAUUGCAUGUGAGAUGUGGCCAAUAUUGUCCAAUUCUAUGA